CAGUGUGUCUUGCGCCGCUCAGAGUCCGCCCCGAGGGGGGAAAUACAGAAAGCGACAGAGACCAAACAGCAUGAAAGGGCGAAAUGUACAGUUCAUGGGGGAGAGAGGAGCUGCUGGACCUCUGACAGGAAACAAGAUGACGACUUUCUCUGAGUCGCACAAGACGGUGUUUGUGGUGGAUCACUGCCCCUAUAUGUCAGAGUCGGUCGGCAGCACGUGGAGUUUGAUAUGUUCACUAAGAACCGCACUCAGGAUCAUCCCUCUGGCCCCAAUAUCCAAAUCCCUGUAUACGUGUGCGAUAGAAGCUUCAUUGGAAUAUUCUAGGAUCAUGUACAAUAUAUUUCCCUUCAGAAAACUGGUCAGUGACUCUGGGUCUCGCUCAUUGAAUUCUUGGAAUCAGGAAGACCAGAAUGUGCAGGAAGUGAGUGAUUUUAUACAGAAUUCUGUGCUACUGAGACAAGUAGUGUUACUUCUCUGGGGCAGAUCUUGCCCAGCAAGUGCCAGUUUUGUGCCAGGGAAUGCAAGUCAUAUUGGGUUCAUAUUCCCACUGUAGUUAAUGUUGGCUUUAGGUGUGAUCGGACCCCCCAAUCCCCGCGCAGAUCCGGAGUGCUGCAGUAUUCUGCAUGGUCUAGUGGAGACCACGGAUUGUCAGCACGAGUCCAGGACUACUCUGAUGGGAAACCCAAAUCUGGUGGCAAACAGAGGCCGUGUUAUCUGCAUCACCAACGCCAAAAGGUGCCCCUAUUAUGCCCCACAUUCACUUUAGAAAAUGAUACAUAAGUAGUUUUUAAAAAGAAAAAGUGGAUAUGGGUAACUAUGUGAGUUGUUUCUUAUCGGGGAGGCUGGGGUUAAAUGAAUCACAGAAAGGGCCGUGAUAACAUACAAGUGAUUUAAAUAUAUGCAGGGGGGUUCUUUUGUAAUAUAUAAUUACCUGAUUAUCUUAAUUACCAGCAAGCAUCGUCAUCACAAUGUCCUGCCAGUGUAUGUAAAUAAUGCAUCCAUGUUUGUGAUUAAUGCACCUCGGAAUGAGGCCGAAACAUUAGGCUGUAAGCUCUGCAAUAAAAACAUUUUUA